UGCGAGGCCGCGCGGGGCGGCACGUGGUGAGGAGCCGCGGACACGGGGAGACGGUCGCCAUGUCAACCGCCUCGGCCAGAGCCAGGAACAGCAACAGGCUGCCGGGGAGCCUCGCCCAGCUCCAGAACCUGCUCAAGAGGGACCCGCAGGCCUACAGCGAGGAGUUUCUACAGCAGUUUCGCCACUACCAGUCCAAUGUACAGAUAUUUAAGCUGCAACCAGACAAGCCAAAUAAGGAGCUGUCGGAACUGGUGAUGUUCUUGGCACAAGUUGCACAUUGCUACCCAGUGAGGUUAGCUAACUUUGCCCAGGAACUAAAGGAGUUGCUUUUCUCUCACCACACAGUUCUGGUACCAGACCUGCGAAUGACAUUAUGUAAGGCUUUGAUCUUGUUGAGAAAUAAGGGGCUUCUUAAUCCUACCAGUUUGCUGGAAUUAUUCUUUGAACUCCUGAGAUGCCAAGACAAACUUCUAAGACAGAUGCUGUAUACUCAUAUUGUGACAGACAUUAAGAAUAUCAAUGCCAAACACAAAAACAACAAAGUAAACACAACUUUGCAAAAUUUUAUGUACACCAUGUUGAGGGAUAGCAACACUAUUGCAGCCAAAAUGUCUCUGGAUGUAAUGAUAGAGCUGUACAAAAGGAACAUUUGGAAUGAUGCAAAAACUGUCAAUGUCAUUACAACAGCUUGCUUCUCAAAAGUAACAAAGAUCUUGGUUGCUGCUCUGAAAUUCUUUCUUGGUAAAGAUGAAGAUGAGAAGGAUAGUGAUUCAGAAUCCGAGGAUGACGGCCCUACGGCUCGAGACAUAAUCACGAGGUACACAACUGGCAAGAAAAACACAAAAUACAAAAGAAAACUGGAAAAGGCCAUGAAAGUUCUGAAAAAACAUAAAAAGAAGAAACAUCCUGAAGUGUUUAAUUUUUCAGCAAUUCAUCUAAUUCACGACCCACAAGAUUUUGCAGAGAAACUUUUCAAACAGUUGGAAAGUUCCAAGGAAAGAUUCGAAGUGAAAAUGAUGAUGAUGAACCUAAUAUCAAGACUUGUUGGAAUUCAUGAGUUAUUCCUUUUUAACUUCUACCCAUUUCUGCAACGCUUUCUUCAACCACAUCAAAGAGAUGUGACCAAGAUUCUCCUCCACGCUGCUCAGGCCACUCAUCAGCUUGUUCCACCUGAGAUUAUACAAACAAUGGUGAUGACUGUAGCAAACAACUUUGUGACGGACAGAAACUCUGCUGAAGUAAUGACCGUAGGAAUCAAUACCAUCAAGGAAAUCAGUGCUCGAUGCCCCCUCGCCAUCACAGAAGAUCUUCUCCAGGAUCUUGCUCAAUACAAGACACACAGAAAUAAAAAUGUGGGGAUGUCUGCCAAAUCACUGAUUCAUCUUUUUAGAAGCAUGAACCCUCAGAUGUUGCACAAGAAAGACCGGGGUAAACCUACUGAAGCCUCGCUGGAAGCUAAAUGUCAUGAAUAUGGUGAACUGGAUGCUAAAGACUACAUCCCAGGAGCAGAGGUCCUGGAAGUGGAGGGAGUGGAGAGUAAAGAGGAUAAUGAUGGAUGGGAGAGUGCGAGCAUGGAUGAAGAUGAAGAUGAUGAAGGCUGGGUUGAUGUUCAUCAUUCUUCAGAUGAAGAGCAGCAGAAGGAAGUGGAGGAGAAGUUGAAGAACAUUCCUGCAGACUCGCGGAAGGUUAAAGCAGCUGCUGUCAGCUCCAGCCGCCUCCUAACACAGGACGACUUCAAGAAAAUCCGUUUGGCUCAGAUAGCCAAAGAAGUAGACUCUGCCCCUGGCAAAAGCCAAAAGAGGAAAGUUGUUGAGGUCGACAGUGAUGAAGAAAGGAAAGGGGAGCUGCUGUCACUGAGGGAUAUAGAGAAGCUCCAUAAAAAGCCUAAAUCGGACAAAGAAACUCGACUUGCAACAGCAAUGGCAGGGAAGACGGAGAAAAGUGAAUUUACAAAAAAGAGGAGCAAGUUGAAUCCAUUUGCAAGCACAACAAACCAGGACAAGAAGAAGAAAAAGAACUUCAUGAUGAUGAGAUACAGUCACAAUGUCAGAUCAAAAGGCAAACGCUCUUUCAGGGAGAAGCAGAUUGCUCUACGGGAUGCUCUCUUAAAAAAGAAGAAGUCAAAGUAAAUCUGAGGAAGAUACUGGACACUUGCUAUCUUCCAUCAUCUGCCAAAAAGUGGAGUUUAGUUCAAGCAUGUCACAGAGCAAUGAAAACAACUCUUUUUGGAGGGGGCGACCAAUGUGCUUCUGAUUUUUCCUCCAACCACCAAUCCCGCCCCCGCCUGCCCACACACAUCUGUAAGCUUGGAAACUGGUUACAUUGUGCAAUAUUGGAUUUUGCUGAUGUAGCUUUACAAACUCAACUGCACCCCCAUUGUUGGACUUCCCCUCAUCGCCACACUCAGGAUUUCCAGCUCCUUUCUACUCCCAAUCACAACGAAGAAGCUGCAAAGGAAAACUUCAGAAGUGAAGUUUCCACAUUGACACACGACAGCGGUGUGCAGCACACAUUUGUGAAGACUUACGGUCACCUGUUUGCUAUGAUUAAUUGUUGUCCUGACAUGAAAGGCGCUAUAUGAAUAUAAUUUGUUUUUGCUGUACAUGAACUGAACUUUGAAAUUAAAAUGGUUUUAUUCAUGCAAAA